UCGACUUUCCCUCAACUUAUUGUGACUUGAUGAACUUAAGAUUUAGUCUCGCAAAGUCUAAUUCGCCCUAACACUAAACCCAUCUACAUUGAUUUAAUUAACUUCAUUUGGUGUUAAUUACUUGUUUCGCUGCAGAGCAGAGAGGAGAUUUUGUUCAAGUUUAGGGUUUCACAUUUCAGAUUAUUUGGUUUUUCUUCUCUGAGCUUCAAUCUUUUCAGAAAUUAAGGCCAUGAAACUUGAACUUCUGUAGCCAUGGAUAAAGAGAUUUUGAAAAAACGUUCAGGAGAGGCGCGCUCAAAAAGAAAGUUGAUUUUAAAUCAAAGACGUCCUAGCAAAAUCAGGAGCUUUACUGAAAUUGAAAUUCUGCAUCAUCAUGCCAAUGAUGAGAUGACUAGACACUCGAUGACAACACCCAUGUCAUAUUAUUGUAAGGAGCAAGAAACUUCAUUUAUCAAUCGUAACACAUCUGCUACAAUGUUUGGACGAUCUUUGAAUUCGAGUAGACAUAUUAUUGGAGAAAACCAUCAUGUCGGGGAACCAGAAAUUCGUUCUACCACUCAUCUUGAGGAAGUUGAAGGAAGAGGAGCGUGCUCUUCGACUGCAAAGAAGAUGUCAUUUCCAUCAGUACCGAGUGAUGGCUUUCUCACAAAUCCUAUUCCCAAUCUUCCAACAGUUCACAGUCCGAUCUCAAUACCCUCAAUAGAUAUCAACUCCCCAGAUGUAAUCAUCAGACGUGCAGCAAUGUAUCAGGAUUACAUGCAGCAGAUCCCAAUCCCGAGUAAUCGAGGCUCUGUCAUCCCAUUUGCCUCAUGGAUGGGAUUAGGCACAUCCAUUAAGAAGCUAUAUGGACAACCUCUUCACUACCUUACAAAUACUAUGCUUAAGCAAUGGGACCAAAUGAGAAUUGGAAGCAAUGAUGAGUAUAUGCGCUUAGACGACAUAAUUCAUCCAUGCAAAGCUGAAGCCACUGUCUGGCUCAUGGAACAAGUCCAUCGGCAAGUCUCGUCGCAUAUUCAUAUUGCUAAUCUCUGGAAGAAGGACUACAUGCACAAUGGUUAUGUUGAUUCCAUUUGCCCAACUUUACAGCACACAUCAUGAACCUCAUUAUUUUCUGUUUUAGACUAUUUUCCUUUUAAAUACACGGCUGCAUUUUAGUGUAUGUCCCUCUGUUAAUAAUAUUCCAGUCUUUAGUUACAAUCCUGGAUUGAAAAUUUUGUAUGACCUAUCUCAAAUACAGCAUGUCGUGAAUUUUGUUGAACAAAAAUUAUAUACUGAACAUGAUUUAAACA